GCACCUCCACAAUAAUUGCAGUGCUCAUGUGGCUAGUCUAGGUUCAAGACACACUCACCAAAUUAUUGGCCCAUUUCUAUUUGCGAUGCCGUUUGUGAGUGCCUGUGGGUUAUCCAUGCAUCUUUUACAAUAAUGAAUGCGCCACCAACUUUCGAGUCUUUUAUUCUCUACGAAGGUGAUAAAAAAAUGAAACCUGGAUCUUUUUCAGCAAUGACAGAUUCCACACCACCAGCAAUCCAACUCAUCAUUAAUGCGGACGACUUUGGGCAUUGUUCGGGGAGGAACCGCGGCAUCAUAGAAUGCUACCGCGCCGGUCUGAUCAGCAGCGCUACACUGAUGGUCAAUGCAAGGGAAGUAGAAGCAGCCGUGAGUCACGCCAAGGAGUAUAACAUCCCACUUGGCCUCCAUCUGAAUCUCACUGAAGGGCAUGUGACCAACAGAGGGCGCUGUUGUAGUUUAGUGGCCAGUACCUCAGGAGUUCUCCGAGGAAAGUUUGGCUUUCGGAAGGCUCUUGCAUCUGGAAGUAUUAAAGGAGACGAGCUCAGAGAAGAGAUCCGUGCACAGUUUCAUCGCUUUCAAGAGCUAACGGGUCACUCGCCAACACAUGUGGAUGGUCACCAGCAUGUGCAUGUCCUACCAGGCGUUCGUGAGAUACUCGCCAACACUGCCAAGGAGUAUGGCAUCCUUGCUGUCCGGAUACCCAUCCAACAUGGCUUGGAGGAAUGCCACUGGCUACCAUCGGCUAGCCUGGAGUUCUUUCGUGAUGUCAUUCAGGAAUCUGCAAUAGCCAAGGAUUUGUUCCUCAAGACUGGCUUGAGAACCACCGAAGGAUUCUUUGGCUUGAGCACCAUGGGCUCCAACAUGACCUUGCCCACCUUGAAAUCGGCCCUAGACACAGCCCUCCGUCACAGCCCCACCAAGAGUUCCAGGGCUGACCCUGCCUCACCCCUGACCUAUGAACUGAUGGUGCACCCUGGCUACCCCUGCCAAUCGGGCUGUGGUGUGGAAGGGGAGGAUUUCUACUGCUUCGAGGACAGGGCCCACGAGAUGAGGCUCCUGGCAGAGGGGGAAUGGAAGAAGACAAUGUCAGAAGCUGGGGUGAAACUUUGUUCCUUCCAGAGCAUCAUCUAGAGACUGGAGUGAAGUCUUCUAUUAUCAAAAGCAAUCAUUUUGCAGAAACACAUUGCAGUUCCUAUUUAUGCAUAAAUUACUUUCAAUCUCUGCAUUUGCUUUCUGUGUGGAGGCCAUCUCGUGGAGAACAUAUGGAGUUGGUUGGUUCAGCCACACAGCUCCCCUCAUCUUCCUUAAAACAUACUGAAGGUUAAAACUUAAAUUCUGGAAGGCAUGAUUUUUGAUUUGCAUAAGAAUAAAAUAUUCAAUUGAGCCCCAA